GCUUUGUGGCCUGAUCUCUUCCAGAUGAGAGACGGGCAUCUUCUCCCACUCCCACCCUUUACUCGACCCAAGCUACAUUCACUCCUUCCAGUCCCUGCUCCGCCCCCACAAUCCCCUGCCACUGGGAAGCUCCGGCUACGGCGCUUCGCCAUUCAUCAACCGGUUCACUCCGGCGGCGGCUGCAGCUGGGUGACGUCCACAGGGGGCGGAUCUUCGCCCCCGCUUGUCGGAGAUGGGCUCGGUGCUACGGCCACUGAUUGGUACCCGAGUGUGAGCACGUCGCGCCGAUAUAAAAAGGAGGGCUUGUGACGCAAGGGCGCCUGGAUGCGUGUAUUGGCUCCUUUUGCUGCGGGCCGGCUAGGCGACGCGCUCUCUUCGGAGCGGCUCACUGCAUGGUAGAGCCUGGUGCCCCCGCCGCCGCCUGCACUGCUGCCGCCGCCGCCCCGCGACGACCAUCGCCGCCCCCUGCCCUGUAGCCGCUGCCACUGCCGCCGCCUGUGUCGCUGCCGCCUCGGGACCGGCUGUAUGAUUAGGCCACAAUCUUCAAUGAGUAAACAUAUUCCUCAGUUCUGUGGUGUUCUUGGUCACACAUUUAUGGAGUUUCUGAAGGGCAGUGGAGAUUACUGCCAGGCACAGCACGACCUCUAUGCAGACAAGUGAACUGUAGAAAUUCAUUACUACUCCACCAAGAAGCCCCCAUAAGAGUGGUUAAUCUGGACACAGAGGUGUUGAAUUGAAAUUGGCAGAGCAAUUUUCAAGAGUUCUGACCUGGAUGGGGUAAACCUCAGUGCACUUCCUUUCUGUUGCCUCAGUAUUACUGGAUCGAAGAAUUGCUGCUUCUUGUUAGGAGGUUCAUUUCAUUUUCCAUUACUCCCAACAUCAUACUCAAAGCACUGAGAAUUUCAAGUGGAGUAUUUUGAAGUAGACUUCAGUUUCUUUACAUCAUUUCUGUAUUCACUUUUUAAAAUUUGUUCAUAACCCUAUUGAGUAUUUUUUACCUAAAUUAACAUGGCUCGAAUGAACCGCCCAGCUCCUGUGGAAGUCACAUACAAGAACAUGAGAUUUCUUAUUACACACAAUCCGACUAAUGCGACCUUAAACAAAUUUAUAGAGGAACUUAAGAAGUAUGGCGUUACCACAAUAGUACGAGUAUGUGAAGCAACUUACGACACUGCUCUUGUGGAAAAAGAAGGCAUCCAUGUUCUCGAUUGGCCUUUUGAUGAUGGUGCACCGCCAUCCAACCAGAUUGUUGAUGACUGGUUAAGUCUUGUAAAAAUUAAGUUUCGUGAAGAACCUGGUUGUUGUAUUGCUGUUCAUUGUGUUGCGGGUCUUGGGAGAGCUCCAGUGCUUGUUGCCCUAGCGUUAAUUGAAGGUGGAAUGAAAUACGAAGAUGCAGUACAGUUCAUAAGACAAAAGCGACGUGGAGCUUUUAACAGCAAACAACUUUUGUAUUUGGAGAAGUAUCGUCCUAAAAUGCGGCUGCGCUUCAAAGACUCCAAUGGUCAUAGAAACAACUGUUGCAUUCAAUAAAACGGGUACCUGAUG